AUGGAGGGCAUAGUGUCCUGGUCUCCCCCUCAGCAGAACUGGAACCCAUGGACAGCAUGUAAUAUAGAUGAGGGUCCACUGGCCUUUAUGAUGAGAGAGAGAGGAGAACUGCCUGUCCAUUCAUACAAGGAGGAAAUAUUAAGAACAAUUCAUCGUAGUCCUGUGACUUUAAUAAGAGGAGCCACUGGAUGUGGUAAGACCACCCAGGUUCCGCAGUUCAUCAUUGAUGAGUUUAUAGAGGCAGGUAGAGGAUCUCAGUGCUAUGUUGUGAUUACACAGCCCAGAAGAAUCAGCGCAGUGUCCAUUGCAGAAAGAGUAGCCAAUGAGAGGUCAGAAAACCUUGGUGUGAGUUGUGGCUACAGCGUGAGAUUUGAAUCUGUGCUGCCACGACCAUAUGGUGCCAUCUUAUACUGUACUGUUGGCACAUUACUGAGAAAACUGGAGAAUGGUUUGCGAGGUGUUUCCCAUGUUAUUGUGGAUGAAGUACAUGAAAGGGAUCUUAAUACCGAUUUCUUGAUGGUGAUGUUACGCGACAUGGUCCAUGUUUACAAAGAUCUCCGUAUUGUCAUUAUGUCCGCCACUGUGGACACAACCUUAUUCACUGACUACUUUGGCUCAGUGGAAGUUGUAGAAGUCCAUGGCAGACUAUUCCCUGUGCAAGACUAUUACUUGGAAGAUUGUGUCCAGAUGUUGAACUUUAUUCCUCCACCAUCCAACAAGAAGAAACGGGACAAAGAUGACAUUGUGGAUGAAGAAGGAGAGAAAGAGGAAAAUUGCAAUAUGAUGAUUUCAUCAGAUUAUAAUGACACAACUAGAAGAGCCAUGGCCAUGCUGAGUGAGAAAGAGAUGUCAUUUGAACUUAUUGAGGCACUUUGCAAGUAUAUCAAGAACCUUGGUAUCCCUGGUGCCAUCUUGAUAUUUCUCCCAGGGUGGAACCUGAUAUUUGCCUUACACAGACACCUGUCAGAGCACCCAGAGUUUGGUGGCCCUGCAUAUCGUCUGCUUCCACUUCAUUCCCAAAUCCCAAGGGAAGACCAACACAAGGUUUUUGAGCCAGUACCUGAAGGUGUUACAAAGAUCAUUCUGUCCACCAACAUUGCUGAGACCAGUAUCACUAUCAAUGAUGUUGUUUAUGUCAUUGACUCUUGCAAAGCCAAAAUGAAGCUGUUUACAUCCCAUAAUAACAUGACAAACUAUGCCACUGUGUGGGCCUCCAAGACAAACCUAGAACAAAGGAGGGGGAGGGCAGGACGUGUUAGACCAGGGUUCUGCUUCCACUUGUGUAGUAGAGCCAGAUAUGAAAGAUUAGAACAGCACACAACCCCUGAGAUUUUCCGUACACCACUUCAUGAAUUGGCACUGAGCAUCAAGUUACUGAGGCUUGGAGAGAUUGGUCCUUUCUUGGCCAAAGCUGUGGAACCCCCACCUAUUGAUGCAGUCAUUGAAGCUGAAGCUUUACUGAAAGAGAUGGGUGCCCUGGACAGGAACAAUGAGUUGACCCCUCUUGGGAGAAUCCUGGCCAAGUUGCCAAUAGAGCCCAGACUGGGAAAGAUGAUCAUUUAUGGCUGUAUCUUCUAUGUUGGUGAUGCUAUGUGUACAAUUGCUGCAAGCACAACAUUCCCAGAACCAUUUGUGACUCCAACUGAUCGUAGACGACUUGGAUGGAUGCAUAAAAACCUGGCAGGCACACGGUGUAGUGACCAUGUGGCUCUCCUUAAUGCAUUUCAAGCUUGGGAAGAGGCCAGGUCUGGUGGUGAGAACAGUGAGUGGAACUUUUGUGAACAGAAGAGUUUGUCAAUGCCCACUCUAAGAAUGACAUGUGAGGCCAAGAACCAACUUCGUGAUAUCCUGGUGAAUGCUGGGUUUCCAGAGGAAAGCCUCUACCCACAGAUGUUCAACUCUUCAGGUCCAGACAGUAAAUUAGAUAUGGUGAUAUCCUUGCUGUGCCUGGGUCUUUACCCCAAUGUAUGUUACCACAAAGAGAAGAGGAAGGUUCUGACUACAGAGAGUAGAGCUGCUCUGAUUCACAAGUCUUCUGUCAACUGCAGCAAUAGAGAACAGACAUUUCCAACACCUUUCUUUGUGUUUGGAGAAAAGAUCCGUACGCGAGCAGUGUCAUGUAAACAGAUGACCAUGGUGUCUCCAAUACAGCUUCUCAUAUUUGCUGCACGCUCUGUGAAGGCUGAAAAUGGGAUUAUUAUCCUGGAUGGCUGGUUAAAUCUGAAGAUGCCAUUCAGCCAGGCAGCCAAGAUAGUGGCCCUCCGUCCUGCCCUGGAGGCCCUGAAUAUCAGAGCUACCACAGAUCCUGAGGGCACUGCACAACCCAUGCCACUGGAUGAGCAACUGAUGCAGGUGUUCAGGGCGCUGUCCAGGCCAAAUGCUGGCAGCUUUGGAGUGGAGAAUAAUUACUCUGGGAAAGAGACGGCAGCAGGUGGCCCAGGAUUUGGCCCACCACCUCCAAAAAGGUUCCACUCGGGUCCUGGAGGGGGACCUAGAUUUGGAGGAGGACCAAGAUUUGGAGGUGGAUUUGGUGGCCGAGGGGGAGGAUUUGGAAGAGGUGGAUUCCGAGGAGGAAGAGGCGGGUUUGGUGGAGGCAGAGGUGGAUUUGGAGGUGGAUUUCGUGGAGGAAGGGGUGGAUUUAGGGGUGGAUUCAACAGAGGAGGAUUUUAAUAUUUUGAACAGGGGUGUGAAGUAAUAUGUGAACACUUUAAUGUGAGAGAAACUGCCUGCUAAUGGAUAUUUCAGUGGAUAUUUCAAAUGUGUAUUAUGAAAAAGUUUUUCAUAGUUUUAGACAAUUCAAAGGCAAAUUUGAUCUUACGUACCUCAUUUGAUCGGAGUAAAAAAUACAAUAAAAUAAGUCUGAGACAGACUCAGUGACACCUAAUUUCUGUCCAGAACUGAUAAGUACCACCCUGUAUAUAUCUGUACAAUGCUGUACUCCUCAUUCUUCAUAAGCCUCACCUCUUUGGUCUGUCAUGAGUUUUCAUAUGUCUAGAUGUCUGCAGUAUGUAACACAGGGAGCAAGUGUAUGUAGUGUACAGUGCACAUGUACAGAAAACAUAUUUA